AUGAGCUUGCUACUCAACCCGAUUACCGUAGUUCCCCUGAUAGAAGCCCAUCCCAAAGCGUCAACUUUGAUCUCAAUUAUCUCGAUUUCUCUCAAGCUUGAGAAGGAGGCAAGUGAGAAACGGUGUCACCAACUUCAACAAGACCUCAACGAACUUCGAAGCAAGUAUGAGAGCAAUCUGAGCGAAACUCUUCGACUGCAGACUCCUAAUGGAAAAGUUCGCCAAAGCAGCUCGAGAUCCGAACGACGUCAGACUCUGUACAAACCGUCACCCGCCACAUUGGCUAACUAUGUGGAGGAGAGUGAAGUCGCUGAACGUCUUGACGAAGCUAACACGAUGAUCUGCAAAUUGGAAUCCGAGAAGCAGACGUUGCAAAGCAAGUGGGAGACCGCGACAGAGUCAUUCGUUGAAGCUGAAAAACAGAUCAAAGAGUUGGAAAGCUCAAAAAGCGUUCUGAUUACAGAAAAAGAGCAACUUUCGAAAGAGUUUGAUGCUGUCAGAAGAGAAAACGAGGAAAACGUUGAAAAGAUCAGCAAGAAUCGUAAAGAUCUGGACGGUUUACUACUCAAAAUUGCUGAGUAUGCCAAGGAAAUCGAGAACCGCAAACAGGAAAAAUUGACGAUCGAGGAAAAACAUGGAAAGGAGAUGGAUGAAAUCACCAAUCAUCAUAAAUCAGUGAAAGAAGAACUUCAGAGCCAAAUCAGGAACCUGUCUGCGAGCAAUUCAAAUUUUUCUGAGUCACAAAAAGAAGCUAACGAAAAAGAGGAGCUCCUGCAACAGCGGCUGCAAUCACUUUCAGAAGAGAAGAGUGCCCUUCAGAAGGAAUUGGCCAACAAGGCACAAUUAUUAGCUGAUGCCAAGAACGAUAUCAAAGAAUGUUCCAAGACUAGCUCUGAACUUCAUAGUAAAAUCGUCGAAAAGUCUGAGAUGAUAUCUACACUCAAGAAGAAAGUUGAGGAGAACGAUGCUGAACUCAAGAUCAAAGCGGAAUUGAUCGUUUCUUUGGAACAGGACAUUGCCAAGAAAGCCGAGUUGAUCAAACAACAAGCAGCGAAGCUGGAUGAAAAUGUCACCGAUAAACAGGACGAGAUAACUGAGCUGAAAAACCUGAAUGAGUUCUACUCGAAGCAACACGAUGAAGAUUCCCAUGCAAUCGCAAACAUGAUGAACACGAGGCAGGGCAAAUUGUCCUACGUUGAGAAGAUUCGUCUCGAUAAGAUGGAGCAAGAGAAGACAAUCAUCCAGCAGCGGGCCACAAUUGCUCGACUCCGAGAAGCCAAUAGACCAGUCCUUCGCAGUCGCAACCAGGAAGCAGCACCACAAUGA